AUGACUUCGAAGCAAGAUUUCGAGAACGACGUGCCUGUCCCGAAGUGGGCUGCCUGCGCUAACAUCAGUGAAAUUGUCGCCUCUGCUGACGAGUAUGCGGGCGAGUACUCGUUUGGGGGUCGGGCCGACACUCUUCCAACUGCGCCUGGCCUUCGUGUCGAUGAAGUUUCUGUCCUUCUACCGCUGGACGCAGCCCAAGCGCAGAAGCUGAUCGCCAAGUGUGAUAAGUCUCUGUUCGGCCACGGCAUGGAGACGAAGACUGACGAGAGCGUCCGCAAGAGCUGGCAACUCGAGGCGGAUCAAGUCGAGAUCAAGAACCCGCUCUGGCAGACUGGGGUCGACAAGUUGACUGAGACCAUUGCCAGUCGACUGGGCUACAAGGGUGUGCCUCUCCGGUGUGUGCUGUACAAGGUGCUCGUGUAUGGCGAAGGCGGGCAUUUCCUCAACCACCAAGAUACGGAGAAGGAGGACGAGGCGAAGAAGUUGAACACCGCCACGACUUUGGGAAGUGAAGGCACCGCCCCGUUCAACUGUCACUACGCUGUGCACUACGCAGACGCAGAGCAUGCAUUGGAGAAGGUGACGAAGGGCUAUCGACUUGCUCUGGUCUACUCCAUUUGUCUGCCAGCGUCAAUGCGCCACCUCAAACGUGAAUCUGGUCGGAUGUUGAGUGAUGAAUUAGCUGAUACAAUCAGCUACAUGGGUCCUGAAGACGAAUCGUUUGCGCUGUUAUUAUCGCACCAGUACACCAUGAAGAGCAUUGGAGAUUUAGGCUCCGGUGCCUUGAAAGGGGUCGACAGUGCGAGGGUUCGAGUGCUGGAAGAAGCGAACGCUGCCGUGGCUGAAGACAAGAAACUUCGGUUCUUUAUCGCAGAGCUGACUGUAAAGUUUGAGACCCGACUUGAGGAAGAUGUACUGCUGGACGUUCUGGGCAAUCCAACGCAGCUGUACCAGACUUUCGUGACAUCUAGAGACUCGGAGAUGGAGUUACUGCUGCAAGUGGGGGAUGCAGUGAAGAGACCGGAAGCCAAGAAGGAUCUCUUCGACAAGGCAGCCAAAUGCAACGUGAGACUUCGUACUCCGAAGACAGUUGAGAUCUUCUGGGAGCAUGUUCUCCUUCCUGCAGAUUCGCAAGCGUUCGAGGCGAUGACCGACGGUAUUUUGCAAAAGAAUCCGAGUGAGUUGGGCUCUUUCGUCGAAGUUUUCUCGAAGCACGUCGGAGAUCACGACACCACAGGCAAGUUUGCUGUGCUGGAGGCGAUUGCAGCCAAGCGGAUGGGUUGGUUGAAAGAACAAAUCGCGAGACUCGACAAGGUCGACAAGACAUUCUCUUGGAAAUUGCCAUACGCAUCGUACCCCGACUACCCGGAAAAUGAAGAAUUCUUCCAGGGUUCUGAGGAAUCGAUGACUACGGAGGGGGUCGUGAAGCUCACGGACACUUAUCACGCCAAUUCGUUUGCUGAUGCAUUGGACUAUUCCCUACAUGAGGGAUCCUAUACCGUGGAAACCAGAGAGAACCGAGAGCCGUUUGUGAAGAUUACCAAGACGCGCGAGUGGUUUAACAGUGUCCAGAACAGGCUGGUUCAGUAUGGGGAAGAGUUGGCGCACUUGAAGGAACAGAGCCAAAUGCGUGAGAUCAGCGAGAUUCUGGCGCACACCGACGGCCAAGCAGGGGAAUACUCAUUUGGAGGACAAGCUGAUUCACUGCCUGUGGCGCCGGGGCUCUAUGUGGACGAUGUUGGGAACGUCCCGGUUCCUCUCUCCAACGAACUUGCCGGUAAACUAAUCGCUCUGUGUGAGAUGUCCCCCUUUGGCCACAACAUGGACACCAAAAUGGACGAUGAAGUGCGGAAUAGCUGGCAGCGCCUGGGCUACAAGGACAUCAAGUUGGAUUGCUUCCUCUACAAGUUGCUGGUCUACGGAGAGGGCGGACAUUUCCUGAAGCACCAGGACACGGAGACGCAAGACGGAAUGAUCGCAACUCUGGUCAUUCAGCCGCCGAGCCUGCAUGAAGGCGGGGAAUUGGUGGUUAAUCGUGGUGGAGAAGUGCGGUAUCGCCACGAUUUUGGCAAAGCUGAGGGUACAGCGGCCUAUCGCCCGCACUAUGCAGUGCAUUACGCUGAUGCCGAGCAUGCAUUGGAGAAAGUGACGAGUGGGUUUCGUCUGGCAUUGGUGUACUCGAUUUGUCUGCCUCCACAAGAGCGUCACCUGCAGCGAGCGACCAACAAGCCACUGGCGGACAAGCCGUUCGUGCUGCUGCUGUCGCACGAGUACACGAUGAAGAGCACGAUAGACCUGGGCGCUCGGGCGUUGAAAGGCGUCGACCGCGUGAGGUUUGGCGCUUUGGAAGAAGCCAACGGUAUCGUUGCUGAAGACAAGAAGCUGGUGUUUCAUCUCGCCGAACUCAAGCACAGCUUUGAAAGACUUGGCUGGGUGGAAUACGAGCGCAAGCAAAGCGUGGACUGGUACACGAUGGAUGGCGAGUAUCUCGGCCACGCGAAUAAAAUGAAGUCAGCGUUCAACUUCCUCAAUCCUGCCAACCAAUCGCUCUCUGACCUCUGGAUGCCGCACGGGGCGAAAGAAGACAAGGGGUACACAGGCAACGAAGGGCCAUCGGCAACUACCAAGUAUUCGAGGUUUGCGAUAGCUGCGUGGCCGGUCGCUCGAUAUGCAGGGAACGCUGUCGAGUAUUUGCCUAUGGAUACCGCUGUUGACGCUCUCUCCACUCACAAGCCAACGAAUCUCCAAAGACUACUGAACCAAGUGAAAGAAGCUGGGAAUCCAUCGUUGGUGACGCAGUUUUUCACGGAUCUGUGUCCAUCCCUCGGCGGUGUGGAGUACAAUGCUGAUGUGAUUCCAUCCCUUGUCGCGCUUGUACACGCGUAUGACUGGAAGGACAUUGGCGUGGAGCUUACACUAUGUCUGGUGGACAGCCUCGACGGCGGAGCGGCUCAGCAAGACUUAUUGAAAAUGGCCCAGGAGAAGGCGGGGACAGACAAGACUUUAUCCGUGGCAUUGGAGGAUCGACUGAAGCGUGCAGACCCAAGUUUACUACGCCUGAACGCGGGUGACACUGUGGGUGAGAUUUAUUCGUCAGCACAGGCGAUCAGCUCCAUCCGCAUCAAGUGGCUACAUGAUCGAAUUGAAUUGUUGGACAAGCCGUUCACCUGGGAGAUGCCCGAUGCCAAAUACUACGACAAGAAAGUGGAGCCGUUGCUUCGAGGUCCCGAUGAAUCGAUAACCAUCACGUAUUGCGAUAGCAGCGAUGCGCAGUAUUACGCGAAGGUUUGGGCGGAUCGCCAAGACGCAGCAUCAUUUAAGACCGAAGCUGGUAGCAGCGGUAGUCGCGCUUUUAUUACGAUUACCAAGACCCGCCAGUGGUACGAUGAUUCUCGAAAGACCUUGGAGGAGUACAAGGUCGAGCUCGCGCAGCUGAGGGAGCAGUAUGGCGAAGGGAAUGACGGCGGUGCCAUGAAGCGCGCGCGGGUGGAGUAA